AUGGCGGCCGCGCCGCUAGCCUCGUUCGUCCCCGUGCCUCCCAACUGCCACUUCCCGAACCAGAACCUCCCGUUCGGCGUCUUCCGACCCUCACCGGGAGGCUCGGCACGAGUGGGCGUCGCAAUAGGCGAGCAGGUUCUGGACCUGUCGGUGGUGGCGGACGCGGGGCUGCUGGGCGACGUGGGCGACGUGGUUAAAGACACGGCAUGUUUCCACCAGCUCCCCACUCACAUCCUCCUCCCCCCACAUACCUCCUCCCCCCACCAGGCGUCACUGAACGCGUUCAUGGCGCUGGGCCGUCUGCCCUACCCUUUCUCUUGCGCAACACACUUUCCUCUUCCAUACCCCACCCUCCCCACUCACAUCCUCCUCCCCCCACAUACCUCCUCCCCCCACCAGGCGUCACUGAACGCGUUCAUGGCGCUGGGCCGUCUGCCCUACCCUUUCUCUUGCGCAACACACUUUCCUCUUCCACACCCCACCCUCCCCACUCACAUCCUCCUCCCACCACCAGGCGUCGCUGAACGCGCUCAUGGCACUGGGCCGACCUGUGUGGCAACGCACUCGCACUGCCCUCCCUCCUCCAAAACACACCUUCCUCCUCCACUCCCCACGCACCUCUCCCCCCCGCCAGGCGUCACUGAACGCGUUUAUGGCACUGGGCCGACCCGUGUGGCAACGCACCCGCACUGCCCUCCAGCGCCUGCUCUCUGGUGCCUUGCAACCUCAGGUGCCUUGCAACCUCAGGUGCCUUGCAACCUCAGGUGCCUUGCAACCUCAGGUGCCUUGCAACCUCAGGUGCCUUGCAACCUCAGGUGCCUUGCAACCUCAGGUGCCUUGCAACCUCAGGUGCCUUGCAACCUCAGGUGCCUUGCAACCUCAGGUGCCUUGCAACCUCAGGUGCCUUGCAACCUCAGUCGCGUGUGUGCAAAUGGAGAUGCCAGCCGUGAUAGGCGAUUACACGGACUUCUCUGCCUCCGGCCACCACGCCUCCAAACUCUCCAUGCACCACCCUCCCUCUCGCCCCUGCUUCCCUUCCCCAUCCUCUCCCAGUCUCGUGCGCGUGUGAGCAUGGAGCUACCAGCAGUGAUAGGCGACUACACGGAUUUCUACGCCUCACGCCACCACGCCACCAACGUGGGUCGCCUCUUCCGAGGACCCGGCAAUGAGCUGCCGAAGCAGUGGUUGCACAUGCCCAUUGCAUACCAUGGCAGGUCGUCGUCUGUUGUGGUCUCCGGCACUCCCAUUGUGCGACCCAGGGGUCAGUUGGGGCUGCCUGCUUCGUCCACCACACCCCUCGCCCCUCUCUUCGGCCCCACACAGCAGCUUGACUUUGAGCUCGAGAUGGCGGUGUUGAUGGGGCCGGGUAAUGAGAGGGGCGAGAGCAUUCCUGUGGAGGGGGCGCUUGACUGCUGCUUUGGCAUGGUGCUCUGUAACGACUGGAGCGCGAGAGACAUCCAGCGGUGGGAGUAUGUUCCCCUCGGCCCUUUCCUCGGCAAGAACUUUGCCACGACCAUAUCCCCCUGGGUCGUCACUAUGGAUGCUCUUCGCCCCUUCAUCUGCUCCCCGCCUCCUCAGGAGCCAGAGCCGCUGCCGUACCUCCAGGACCCCAACCCGAUCACCUUCGACAUUCACCUGCAGGUCUCCCUUGCUCCCUCAGCACCUCCCCUCGCAGCCACAUCACAUUCUCCUCCUAACCCCCCUCCGGUACCUGCAGAAACCACACCAUCCACCACUCUAUCGUCCACAGGAAACUUCCCUCCAGUCGUUCCUCCCGCCAUGCCUCCGUGCCCGCAUGCCCUCCUGUCCCCUGAAGCUCUGGACUCCGCUCCCUCUGCCGCAGGGAAUGCGUCACUCUUCCACAGGCUGCCGGCUGUAACUGUGUGCUGCAGCAACUUCAAACACCUGUACUGGACGGUGGCACAGCAAGUGGCGCAUCACACCAUCAACGGCUGCCCGCUGCGCCCGGGCGACCUGCUUGCUUCAGGCACCAUCUCCGGCCCUGUGGAGGGCAGUGAGGGGUGUCUCCUAGAGCUCACACAGGCAGGCAAACUCACUCUGGAGCUCUCCCCUCAAGGAUGUACAGUUGCAGACGACUCUUCCCAAGCCUCCGACCAAAGCUUAGCCCUGGGGACUGUGCACCGAACGUACCUGGAGGACGGGGAUGAGGUCAUUAUGACGGCUACCUGCCAG